CCAGACCCGACCCACAAUUACACGUAUGAAUGAAUCAAUCGAUUCUGGCGGCUUCACAAAUAUUUCUCUUCAAUACCCCUUUAAGUCUUUAACCUACGGCACAUGCCAAGUUUCCUACAUAAACGUUGUCCCCUUCCCCACCCUCUUCUUUCAUCAUCCACUCCACGUUUCUCUCAAUCCUCUAAGCGUCUACAUUAUAGAUUUUUUCAUUUUUGUGUGCAUAAAGUUUUCUUCUUUUAAUCCAUCUGUUGAAGAACUAGUUUUACAAGAUGAAUCUCUUUCCUGGGACCACAAACAUCUUAACUUUAACAAUCAGUGUCUGAUUAAGGACAAUCAUGGAUCGGAACAUUUUUGGGAUUUUUCUGUACAGAGCGAUGAAACUGUUAUGGGUUUGGUUGGGAGGGAGAGCGAGCAUUUGCCCCACGUUGGUUACCUCAAGAGGCUGCUUAGUGGGGACUUGGACUUGAGUGUUAGGAAUGAGGCUCUUGAUUGGAUUUGGAAGGCUCAUGCUUACUAUGGUUUUGGACCCUGUAGUUUAUGUCUAUCUGUGAACUACUUGGAUCGGUUCCUAUCAGUAUAUGAAUUACCAAGAGGCAAAAGUUGGAGUAUACAACUGUUAGCAGUAGCAUGUUUGUCAAUUGCUGCCAAAAUGGAUGAGAUUAAAGUGCCUCCUUUUGUAGAUUUACAGGUUGGAGAACCUAAGUUUGUAUUUGAAGCUAAAACCAUUCAAAGAAUGGAACUACUGGUGUUAAGCACAUUGAGAUGGCAAAUGCAGGCUUCAACUCCAUUUUCCUUCCUAGAUUACUUCCUCAGGAAGAUCAACUGUGACCAAGUUAUAGUAAAGUCAUCCAUUAUGAGAUCAGUAGGACCCAUCCUUAACAUAAUUAAAUGUAUCAAUUUCUUGGAAUUCAGGCCCUCUGAAAUUGCUGCAGCAGUGGCAAUUUCUGUAUCAAGGGAAAUACAAGCAGAAGAGAUUGACAAAGCCUUACAAAUGCAAGCAGAAGAAACUGCUGCAGCAUGUUUUUUCAUUGUUGGGAAGGAAAGAAUUUUGAAGGGUCUUGAAUUGAUCAAAGAUUUGUCAUUGAUGCAAGAUUCUGCAAACUUGGGCAAUAACUUAGCAUCAUUUGUACCCCAAAGCCCUAUUGGGGUGCUUGAUGCUGCAUGCUUGAGCUCUAUAAGUGAUGAAUUAACAGUUGGAUCAUAUAGAGAUUCUUCCCUUGAUACUCCAAAUUCUAAGAGGAGGAAAUCUGACUAAACCCUUCUGAGGGGACUUUCAAGUCAUGAAAUUUUAAUUUAUUUCCUUCACCAGAGUUCAUUUGGUUUGGUUGAAUAAGAGUUUAGUGUGGCCUUGUAGGCAGUUGGUAACACACUCAAUGAAGGUGUGUCUUGGGUGGAUAAGAUGAAAAUUUAAGCAAUUUCAUGCUUAUAGCAUGAAAAGGAGGUGUUGCUAGUAUGUUAUGAUCAAGUUAUAGAAACAGCUGCGGAGAUAUGGAUGGGAGAGGAAAUUUUGAUGAAACUAUGUGUUGCUGACGCAAAGCAUGUCAAGUAGCAAGAAUCAACAUUUUGACAGAAUGGCUAUUCAUUAUGUGUCCUAACUUUUCAUUUUUCGGGAAAGAGAAUGAAAUAUAAAUUGAGAAUUUUUUAUUUAUUUUGUGUUGUGUACGAAUUCUGGAGGAAAAUAGAAUUUGUGUUGUCCAAUUAAACAAAAAAAAGAAUACAAAUAAAAGGAAAAGCCUUACUUUCCGAUUA